CCACGAUUUGGGGCCAAAUCUCUCACAGAAACUCCCUUCCAGGGCUGAGUGUGGGCCUGAGGACCAGAGUGCAGGCAGGUGAGUCUGUCCCCAGGUGCCCUAAGUCUUGUUCCUCCUUCGGGACAAGGGACAACCCCCAGGCCACUGGGGAAGAACAGCAGAUCUGAUAGACCAAUGGGGGACACCUUUGAGGCCUGGAGAUUAGGGUGGGAAUGUGUUAGGACUCGGCCUCUGUUUCCUUACAGGAAAGCUCUACAAACCUAUGCUUUGGGCUGAGCCAGGAUCUGUGAUCCCCUUGGGGAGCCCCGUGAACAUCACAUGUCUGGGGACUCCAGAGGCUGAGAUGUACCAUCUGUAUGAAGACAGAAACACAGUGCCGUGGAAAACACAGAAGCCACCGAACCCCAGAGACAAGGCCACGUUCUCCAUCACACAGAUGACAGAACACGAUGCAGGGAGAUAUCGCUGUUACUAUCUCAGCCCCUCUGCCUGGUCAGAGCCCAAUGACUUCCUGAAGCUGGUGGUGCCAGGACCCUAUAGAAAACCCAGCCUCUCAGCCCUGCCCAGCCCUGUCGUGACCUCAGGAGGGAACGUGACCCUCCAGUGUGGCUCAGGGCAGGGAUUUUGCAGGUUCAUUCUGACUAAGGAAGGAGAACAACACAGCCACUCCUGGACAUUAGAUUCACAACAACACACCAUGGGGCAGUACCAGGCUCUGUUCGCUGUGGGCCCAGUGACCCUCAGACACAGGUGGACGUUCAGAUGCUAUGACUGUUACAGGAACAGCCCCGAGGUGUGGUCAUAUCCCAGUGACAUUGUGAAGCUUCUGGUCUCAGGUAAAGAGCACAUCUCCCUCACAGGUUUGCUAAGAGAUUUAGGUGAGACCCCAGAAGUAGAAUUUUUCAGCAUGGGAUGGGCCAACCAAUGCUCUGGAAAAAGCUGAUCCAACCUCAUGUCCCCUCCCAGAUACACACUCAGUAAAGUUCAGGCAGAUCCUUCAUGGGAGUGUGGGGUCUGCAGGAUAGAG